AUGGCGGGCAACGGCCAAAUCAAGAAUAGGAGUGGAAAUGGAGUGCUGGAUGAGAAGGCUUUGUUGCAAAGGCAGGUUGAUGGUCUGGCAACGGAUCGUUCGUCAUCAGGAAAGCGCAUCACAACGACCCAAUAUGGUAGCUCUCUGGCUCCGGAAAAGUUCAACUCUCCUGUUUUCAUCAACACAGUACAAUCGACUUUCGCGGCACUACUUGGGUAUCUCUACGUACUGUUCACGCGCAAGCAGUCGAACGAUCUUCCCAUCUUUCCUAGCCGCAGCAUUGUUUUUCCUAUGUUUUUGGUGGCCAUCACAUCUUCACUGGCUUCUCCUUUCGGUUAUGCAUCGCUCAAGCAUGUCGACUACAUCACGUUCAUUCUGGCCAAGUCUUGCAAGCUUCUGCCGGUCAUGGCUUUGCACGUUACUCUUUUCCGUCGCAAGUAUCCUCUUUACAAGUACUGUGUCGUGGCACUUGUGACGGGUGGUGUAGCUGUCUUCACUUUGCACCACCCAACUUCGUCCAAGAAGAAGGGAGCAGACGGUAGCAGUGCAUGGGGACUGCUUCUUCUCGGCAUCAACCUGCUUUUCGAUGGUCUCACCAAUUCGACUCAGGACCACAUCUACAAGUCGUACAGGCCCUACACUGGACAGCAAAUGAUGUGUGCUCUCAACUUCAUCAGCACUGUUUUGACUUCGGUGUAUCUGCUUGUUUCUCCGUACAUCGCUACGACACCUGUUGGAGCAUAUCUCGGCAUGAGUGCCGCUUCUGGAGGAGAACUGGAAUACGCCAUCGACUUCAUCAGAAGACACCCAAGCGUUGGUUGGGACAUCUUUGCAUUUGCAGCCUGUGGUGCUUUGGGUCAAAUUCUACACCCUUUCGACCUUUGGAUCGCUUCUCUUGGUCACCGUUACAGUGACAAGAAAGAUGCUUACCAUGAUCUUUGGGUUGGUGUUGGCUUGGUGUUCGGAGGUGUCUUUGUUGAGGCACAACUCUCGAAGCAAGAGAAGCUCGCCAAGGACCGUGCAAAGAAGCAGGAGGUGAAGAAGUCUUCUUGA